AGAAAGAUUGAAUAAAUAAAGAGGGCCUUAAUCGUAUCGUUUCAUCGUCCAGCUCCUAUACCACGCUUCCAUUUAACCGAUUUAGUGAUAAAAAGCAUUUCAACUCCAACUAAGCAACCCUUCAGAGACUUGAGCUUGAAAAUGGCUUCUUAUUCAUUCAUUUCCGCAAUUUUCCUUUCCAAUCCUGUCCUAUUUUCUCGCUCUCCAAACAGGCUGCAGCUACUACCACGACCACUCAACACCACUACUUUUUAUCUCUCCAAAUCCCUUUCUCUUCACUACAAAACUCCCACCACCACCACCACCUCUCUGUCCGGCACUACUCACAGUCAUUCUACUACCUCCAAAAUCCUCCUAUUUACCAAAAAGUUGUUCUUCUCUUCACCUCUAGACUCCUUCUUUGUCUUCUGUACUUCUGUUGUUUUGUCCUUUUCUCUUCUCCUCACGAACGUUGAUUCCGCCUCUGCUUUCGUCGUCACUCCGCAGCGUAAGCUUCAGACCGAUGAGCUCGCCACUGUUCGUCUCUUCCAAGAGAACACUCCUUCUGUUGUUUAUAUUACCAAUCUCGCUGCAAGGCAGGAUGCCUUUACUUUGGAUGUGCUGGAGGUCCCUCAAGGAUCUGGAUCGGGUUUCGUAUGGGAUAAAGAUGGUCACAUUGUGACCAAUUAUCAUGUCAUUCGUGGCGCAUCUGAUCUCAAGGUCACUCUUGCCGAUCAGUCAACUUAUGAUGCAAACGUUGUUGGAUUUGACCAAGACAAAGAUGUUGCUGUGUUGCGUAUUAAGGCACCCAAAGACAAACUAAGACCUAUGCCCAUUGGAGUCUCUGCAGACUUGCUUGUUGGUCAAAAAGUAUAUGCUAUUGGCAAUCCUUUUGGCCUUGACCAUACCCUAACAACUGGUGUGAUCAGUGGGCUUCGCCGAGAAAUUAGUUCUGCUGCUACUGGCCGUCCAAUUCAAGAUGUUAUACAAACAGACGCUGCCAUUAACCCUGGAAAUAGUGGAGGUCCACUUCUUGACAGUUCAGGAAGCCUUAUUGGAAUAAAUACAGCUAUUUAUUCUCCUUCUGGUGCUUCCACUGGUGUUGGAUUUUCUAUUCCAGUUGACACGGUAAAUGGCAUUGUUGACCAGAUAGUGAAGUUCGGCAAGGUGACAAGACCUAUUUUAGGGAUUAAGUUUGCACCUGAUCAGUCAGUGGAGCAGUUAGGUGUAAGUGGGGUACUCGUCUUAGAUGCUCCAGCAAAUGGUCCAGCUGGCAAAGCGGGUCUACUACCAACUAAAAGGGAUGCCUAUGGUAGACUCAUAUUAGGUGACAUCAUAACAUCUAUGAAUGGAAAAAAGGUCACAAAUGGCAGUGACUUGUACAGAAUUCUUGACCAAUGUAAAGUUGGUGAUAAGGUGACUGUGGAGGUGUUGCGUGGUGAUCAUAAGGAGAAGAUCCCUGUAACACUAGAACCAAAGGCAGAUGAGUCUUAGUAUGACACAUGGACUUGCUUCUCUAUCUCUGUGCAUAUACGGUAAGAUGCCAAUAUUUUUGUGGUACUCCUUUUAAAAGGGUCUUGUGCAUAUCUUAAAAAUUGUAUUAUCUUUCAUAUUCAAGUUUCCACUACAUGGAUGAAGCAAUAUUGUCUGUAACAUUCUCAGCUUCCUGAAAUUUACAAGGGCUUCAAUUUCAUCUA